CCGCUUACUCUCUUUUUAUUACUUGAAGAAUCUCGCUUUUACUUGCUUCUUCGGAUCCAUGCUUAAUUCAUCGAUGCAAGGACACCACUGUAUUCUUAUUGCAGUGGUGUUGACAUUGCUGUUUACAGCGAGUUAUUUCCAGUUUUAUACCGCGCAAGUGGUAUCCGGACGUGCUAUCGAAGUGGAAUCCAAUGUCCCUGCUCCUGGGAAUGAAGAAAUGGUUUUUGACUUGCCGUUACCUGCCGUCCUUCCGGAAGUAACCGAGUCACAAAAAGCGGCGUUGUAUCCUCCAACCGUCAAUGCUUGUGAUCAGGUCGACAUUGAAUGGCUAGCAUCUGACCGAGUGUAUUGGGACGGCUGGACUACGAAAUCUAUGUUUAUCAGCGCAAAUGGAUCAUUCACAACAAAGGAUGUUCAUAUCACCGAAGAUACAUCCGUCUGUGUGGUAGUCUUGCUCGGUCCUAUUCCAGCUAAAUCGUCGAUACGACCUGAGAAGCAUUAUGGACCUGCCGACAGUAUUCUGAUGACAGCCGCGGGUAAUAAAACCCGAAUUGCAGUCAAUUUACAGCAGCAUGCCAAACAGACCAAUGCUUAUUACGCCUCUGUCUAUUUUGCCAAUGCCGAUCAAUAUCGACUUGAGGCUUUCACCGAACACCGCUCUUAUUUCUGGGAAACUCCGAUAUACCAUGCCUACCGGCCAUUUCCAUUUGUUUCCCAGAAUCGGCUCAUUGUCAGAAAAGCACCGAAAGGCAGUCCGGUAGCCUGCGAUCUGGCUCACUUGGAGCAAGUGCAAGGAAGCUGGGUGCUCUCGAAAACCGGGAGAUACGAUUUUAAAACGGACCAGUGUCAAAUGGCGGAGAUGGAUCCUCAGCUUUUGCAAGCCAAAUCCAUCCAUGUAUGGGGUGACAGUAAUAUACAAAGAAAUUUGAAAGCAUUGAGUCUUGGCGAUGCUUGGUGCAAUUAUGGAGAAAGUCGAUGCCUGUGUCACGACGAUGAUGAUAGUGAGAGCUUGACAAGAUACCCUUGGUCUGUGGAUCCCAGUACGCCUUUGAAAUUGAAUAACACCUUGCACGGAAACAUCGAUAUUCACUACCAAUCCAUUGGCCCUAUCACUCUGCGAGAUGUUCGUUCGGAAGUGAGACGUCAAGCCGACAAGCUUCCUGCUGCUGAUCUCGUCAUUAUCAGCAUCGGCAAUGGCGACAUUCCACUUUCGCGUCUGACCUCAAGACAAUUCGCGCAAGCCUCCUUUGAUCUCUUGAACUACAUGCUUGACCAAAUUUACCCGUAUCAAACGAUCGUUCUUCGAACACCCCAGUUCUUUGGUCACGGCACGCUCUUCUCUACUUCUUGGAACGCUGCCCGCAGUUCAGCAUUUGCGACUGUCAUUCGUGAUUUUGUCGCGUCAUGGAAAGGCUCAAGAAAUAUUGUACUGUGGGAUACUCAGAAACUUGGUGUCGAACCAAAUCACUGUACUUCGCUUGGUACUGUUCACAGCAGGCGCAACGUUGUGGAUGUGGAAAACAAGCUUCUACUGAACCUACUUUACAAUACCAAGUUGACCUUGUCAUCCUCAUAAUUAUCUUUAUAUCUGUUCUUUUCCCAUUUUUUAGUAAAUAGAUUUCAAUAGUAUCAUUUAUGUAUAAACAAUUUUAUGAAUUAAAAAGCAUACAGCAACCACCACUUUUACGCAAAAGAGGAA